AUGCCAGACAAAUUUGUUCUCCAUUAUCUCGUUAACUCUAGAGCCCUGAGAAUCGUGUGGCUUUUGGAAGAGCUCGAGCUUGACUUCGAGUUGAAAGUGUACAACAGAGUCCACGGUGUUCUUGCACCCAGAGAGCUCUUGGAUGUGUUCCCCACAGGAAUGUCUCCAGUGUUGCAAAUUUUCAAGGAGGGCUCUUCCGAGCCCCUUACUCUUGGUGAGAGUGGGCACAUCAUCCAGUAUGUGAUUGACCACUACGACCCUAAGGGCAAGUUGACCCCGGAAUCUGAGGCCGACAAGGAGAAAGUGGGUUACUACUUGCACUUCGCCGAGGGCAGUUUGCAACCUCACCUCGUUUCCUUGCUUGUAGGUGAUGUUGCUUGUCAGCGUGCCCCAUGGCCUGCCAACUACCUCGUGAAAACCGUUAUCUCCAAGAUAAAUGCGGAGUAUUACGUCAAGAGGCUCAAAACCAACCUCAAGUUUUUGGACGAUACUUUGGCGAAGAAGGGAGGCGGCUUUUUUGUCGGUGACAAGUUGACUGGCGCAGACAUCAUCCUUGAAUUCCCUAUUGCUCAGAACAUCUUCAGUGACCCAGUAAGAGUACAGAACUUGGGCUUGGAUGUCACUCCCCGGGAGGCCUUUCCACACUUGUAUGAGUGGACCAAGCUCAUUGCCAGCCAGCCAAUCAGACAGAAGGCUGUGGCCACGGAAAAAGCCAAUUUGUAA